CCUGUGCAAGGCACCACCUUCACUCGGGCAGCCACGCACACGGAUAUACACGCACACACACACAGAUACACACGCGCUGGGUGCCGCAGCCGGGCUCUUUAAGCGGUCCUGCCGCCGGGGCCUGCCCGGCCCUUCCCGCCCCGGCCGGGCCCGCGGCGCUGGCAGCCGGCCGCCGGGGGGAUGGAGGCGCUGGGGGCGGCCGGGGGACUCCUGCUGGGCCUGUCCCUCCUGGCCUUCGGCCUGUACUGCUGCUACGUGCGGUACAUCCACGCCAAGUACGACCACAUCCCCGGCGCCCCCCGGGAGAGCUUUUUAUUUGGACAUCUGCCGAUCUUGUGGAGGAAACAGGAUUUUAUGCAUGAUUUCUUCCUGCAGUGGGCAGAAAAAUAUGGACCUAUUAUACGGCUGAAUGCCUUUCACAGAGUCUCAGUGCUGAUUCUGAGUCCUGAAGGAGUGAAGGAGUUCUUGAUGUCACCACAGUACCCAAAGGAUCCGCUGGUGUAUGGUCGUAUCUUCAGCUUAUUUGGUGAGAGGUUUCUAGGGAAUGGCUUGGUAACUGUUUGCAACCAUGAGCAUUGGCACAAGCAGCGGAGGAUAAUGGAUCCAGCUUUCAGCCGAACCUACCUGAUGGGUCUGAUGGAAACUUUUAAUGAAAAAGCAGAGGAGCUGAUGGAGAAGCUAGAGGAAAAGGCAGAUGGAGAAAAAGAGUUUAGCAUGCUAACGAUGAUGAACCGGGUGACUAUGGAUAUCAUUGCAAAGGUAGCCUUUGGCUUGGAAUUAAAUGCACUGAGUGAUGACCAGACACCUUUCCCGCACGCUGUGACUAUGGUUUUGAAGGGGAUGGCCAAGAUGCGCAUGUCCUUCAUGCAGUACAUGCCAGGGAAUCAGAAGCUGGUAAAGGAGGUCAAGGAGAGUCUGAGGCUGCUGCGGCGUGUGGGGAAGGAGUGCAUUGACCAGAGGAGAGAGGCCAUCCAGAAUGGGAAGGAAGCCACACUGGAUGUCCUUACGCAGAUACUGAAAGGAGACGCUCUGGAGGGAACUAGAGAUGACGAAAACAUUCUGGAUAACUUUAUCACUUUCUUUAUCGCAGGUCAUGAAACCACGGCCAAUCAGUUGUCAUUUACAGUAAUGGCACUGGCUCAGCAUCCUGAAAUACUGGAAAGGCUUCAGGCAGAAGUGGAUGAUGUUCUUGGUGCCAAGAGAGACAUUGACAAUGAGGAUCUUGGCAAACUCACCUACUUAUCACAGGUUUUGAAGGAAUCACUGCGGCUGUACCCACCUGUCCCGGGGACGGUACGCUGGUUGGAGGAGGAGCACAUCGUUGAUGGUGUCAGAAUUCCUGCAAACACGACACUUGUUUUUAGCACGUAUAUGAUGGGAAGGAUGGAAAAGUAUUUCGAGGAUCCACUCACUUUCAAUCCAGACCGGUUUAGCAAAGAUGCACCUAAGCCAUAUUACUGCUAUUUUCCAUUCUCUCUGGGACCCCGAUCCUGCAUCGGGCAGGUGUUUGCACAGAUGGAGGCGAAAGUGGUGAUGGCAAAACUGCUGCAGAGGUUUGAAUUCCAGCUGGUACCAGGGCAGAGUUUUAAACUCGUGGAUGCUGGAACCUUAAGGCCACUAGAUGGAGUAAUGUGUAAAUUAAAGCCAAGGAACCCUGCAAGAGGCUGCCGGGCGUGACUACUGGGAGCAUGACAUGGUAGUGAUAGUGUUUCUUCUGAUUUUGAAGAUCUUCACACUAAUUAAAGGUUAGACUUUGCAGGCCCCUUUAGAGGAUUAGUAGACUGAAAUGUUUUCCUAGCCUUCCUCAUCAUUUACUGAAGAAUACCUUAGGGGAGUCACUCCAGUGAGCAUCUUCAAUCUGGAAGUAUACCUGGAAUUGCAAAGUAUGUUGUUUUUCCUGGAUGGCUAUUUGGUUCUGACCAGACUUGGAAAAGUUUGGUGUUCCUUGAGCUCCACACAAACCUACACCCCAGCUGAUAGUUUCCACUAAGUUUGCUUAAGACACAACGUAGUCUUAGUUAAGCCCUUGUUUGGGGAGUUUCCUACUUAGACAAUGAAAUCAGAAAACUUAGUGGAGCACAAGAUUUGGGUUGAACUUGGGAAGAGAAGUCUGGAGAUAUUCUCUUGGUCAAAGCAAUUUUCCCAUCCCUGCUCUAAAUGAGAAGAACAAUUGGUAGGAGCAAUCUGAAACAAAAAUCAGAGACUAAGGUCACUACUUUUCCCUGUUGCUUCUACCCAGUUUAAUUUAGUCUUUCCUACUUCUUCCGGUAUUAUUCAGAGCAUAGGUUCCCAGUCCAUGUUGUAGAAGGGGGCUUCCUCCUACCCCUUCCCACAGCCUGUGCCCAUUGUCCUGAGAUACUGUUUUGAGAGGGAGGGGGUCCUGCUGGGCUUAUUUUGACCUGGAUCAUUUUCCCCAUCUGAUUUACUCACAAAGUACGCCAGCACUUGGGCCAAGUUGUCUAGUAGGUACAGCAGGGUUGGAAGUAAGUGCCUGGAAGCACAUACUGCUUAAAGUGAUGCUGCUGCUGAACAAAUGUGUCUGCAACUUGAGCUAGAGGCAGGAGAAGGUCCCGCACCACCUUCUGCAGAUGUGCCAGAAUUGGUCACUGCAUGUAGGCUUGCAGCCUAGUUCUGCUAGGGAAAAAACUAUUAUGUGAAAAUGCCACCUUCCAGAAAUGUGUGGAUACCUAAUAGGAGUUUGUGCCUCAUCACAGAAUACAGGGAAUUUAAGACAUUUGGUACUGCCGCUUUCUUUCUUACCUUUUUGAAUUCAAAAGGCAAGAACGCAGUCUGUACACUGCCAAGUUCCUGUGGUGGUUUCUACACCAGGAGAGUAACGUCCCAGAGCCUUCCCGGCUCUGCUGCUGUUGUGCACAUUCAGUGCAGCAGUGGGAUAGCAGGCUAAUAAGGUUGCUGUAGCUUUUGGUAAUAUAAAUAACAUCAUAGAGUGUGCUAAUAUGACUUACACCCAGGGGUGCCAAUACCUGUAUUGCUAGGGGAAGUUUAGUCCAUGAGUAGAUCAAGUCUUCAAGCCCUUGUGCUGGAUAUCUGCCUAUGUUCUCCUAGACAUUAAUAAAAUCUUACUGGGAAAUCAGGA